AUGCCCACCACGCCCGAAGAAGAGAAUUAUACCCGAUCUACGGAUACCCAAUCUGCCAGUGCCGCCAGUGCCGCCAGCGCCGCCUCUCAGCGCUCCACCAUCCCCACCCACGCAACCCGUAUCGUCACAUCCUUCAUGGCCACCCUUGACAAAGAUGACAGCACGAGCCCAUACCGCGAAGAAGAACGAAUCCUCCUCCGCGGGCAGUCUCGGGGCAACAUCAGGCGAGACCUUUUCCAAGCCGUUAGCGCGACGCUGGGAUCCGAGAACAGCCGACUGGAGUCCAUGGGGAAGACGGCGGGAAGCAUGGAUAAUGUGGUGUUUAGGCCGGAUACGAUUAAAGCAGUCUGCGUGGGGGAUGUGCUGUUGGUAGGAAAUCUUCAUGGUGAAGGCUGGUUGGGCAAUGCGUCUCUUUCGAUCACGCCCUCUCGUCGUAGUAGACGUAGUAGCGGAGGAGGAGGGGACUUUUUUUGA